AGGAGUGCAGUGGGAGUCAUUGAACAGUCACUGGCUUCCCUGGACUCCGUAUAAAGGUCUUGAUAUCCAGUGUCGUGCAGAGCGAGGAGGAACGCGGGACGGAAUCGUGUGUCACCACGGGAGCAGUGGGCAGGAGAGAAGAGAGCGCUAGGAAAUGUGCCACUGGGCAAAACGUGUCCUUCCCUCAGAGCUGUGAGAAAAGCUAGCGCCAGGGCAGAGAGCGGAGGGGGACAGCGCUUGUGGUCCAGCAACUUUUCCUGACUGAUUUCAAUGUAUAGGAAAUCCGUGUGCCUGCGAGUGUGUACGCUGUGGUGCGAGACGACCUUCCGGCGGGGUGAGCUGCAGUGUGGAGUGUGAUUUUCGCAUGCACGUUUAUUGCAGUAAAUCAUGCUGAGGAAACGCUGUAGCAUUGUGAAGCAAGAAAUAUGGGACAGCUAAUCGCAAGGAGGAGCCUGCUUUUUCUGUUUUCCUUUACCGGUUAUCGUAGUUUACAAGGUGAAAACGUGAAAAACCAACCCUGCUUUCUGGCACACAGACAUACGGUGAAGAUGCCUCCAAGUGUUAGAGACAGGGCUUUGUCCUCAGAAGUGCCUUUUUGCUUGUGGGCUGCAGUAAUUCACUGAAGGCAGGAGUUCAGUAACCUGUGGGUAUUAGGUGUCAAAAAAGAAGGCAGGAACUUCGCCAUGGGGUACAACAAAAGCUGGAUCUCGAGGAAUGAAAGCGAGCAUCCCCCGUACCAGACUGUCACCAGAGCCCUGGAGAUGAGGAACGCCUCGGCUGGGCAGAUGGUGUGGCAGGGUGGGAACAGCAGCCAGGCUGGGGCUGCGGAGAGCGAGGAGCACGGUGAGGAGCAGACCUACAGACAUUUCACUACCACGGUGCAAAUCGUCAUCUUCGUAGGCUCUUUGCUAGGUAACAUCAUGGUGCUGUGGUCAACUUGCAGAACAUCAGUACUUAAGUCUGUAACAAACAGACUCAUUAAGAAUUUGGCCUGCUCGGGGAUCUGUGCCAGCCUAGUCUGUGUGCCUUUUGACAUUGCUCUUAGUGCCAGUCCACACUGCUGCUGGUGGAUCUAUACGAUGCUCUUCUGCAGAAUUGCCAAGUUUCUGCAUAAAGUCUUCUGCUCAGUGACCAUCCUUAGUUUUCCAGCCAUUGCUCUUGACAGGUACUACUCUGUUUUAUACCCUCUGGAAAGAAAAAUAUCUGAUGCAAAAUCCCGAGACAUGGUUAUCUAUAUCUGGGCCCAUGCAAUAGUGGCUAGCAUUCCAGUAUUUGCUGUAACCAACGUGUCUGAUAUUUAUGCCAUGUCCACCUGUUCUGAAUCUUGGAGUUACUCCCUUGGCCACCUGAUAUAUGUCAUCAUCUAUAACAUCACCACAGUGAUUGUACCAGUGGCUGUGGUAUUUCUCUUUAUGAUUCUUAUUCGCAGGGCACUGAGUGCCAGCCAGAAGAAAAAAGUCAUCAUAGCUGCAUUAAGGACCCCUCAGAAUACAAUUUCUAUCCCUUAUGCCUCCCAGCGAGAAGCUGAGCUUCAUGCCAUGCUGCUUUCCAUGGUUAUGAUAUUUAUUUUCUGCAGUGUCCCCUAUGUAACUUUGGUGAUUUACCGCACCAUACUCAAUGUUUCAGAUAUUUCAGUCUUCUUGUUUCUCACUGCCAUCUGGUUACCCAAGGUCUCUUUGCUGGCCAAUCCUUUGUUAUUUUUAACUGUGAACAAAUCAGUACGAAAGUGCUUAGUGGGGACACUAGUACAACUGCACCAAAGGUAUAGCAGGAGAAAUAUUGUCAGCUCAGGUGGUUUUGCAGAUGCUAAUCUGGAGCCCAGUGUCCGUUCAGGAAGUCAGCUUCUGGAGAUGUUUCAUAUCGGGCAACAACAAAUAUUUAAGCCAACAGAAGAUGAGGAGAAUGAGACCAAAGCUAUUGAUGCUGGUGACUUGGAACAGAAGGAAAUUCCUACCACCAGUAUAGAGGUAGGAGAGACUUUGGUUCACAGAUUUAUACCACAGACAAUUGCAGACUCUACAGCUCAGGUGGCGCCGGCUGUGGCCACAGAAGCUGAUACGGUAAAUGACAAGUAUUCCAUGCAGUUUGGUUUUGGACCCUUUGAGCUGCCUCCCCAGUGGCUCUCAGAAAACCGAAACAGUAAGAAGCGACUCCUGCCUCCUCUGGGGAAUACCCCUGAAGAGCUAAUCCAGACAAAACAGCCGAAGUGUAAAGCAGAAAGAAAAAUCAGCAGAAACAAUAAAGUCAGUAUCUUUCCCAAGGUGGAUUCUUAGUAAGAGCAGUAGCUUUAAGUGACAGAGGAAUGUCACCUUCUGUUGUAUAUGUGAUCCCAUGGAUCUUUGUUAUGCUGAAAUUUGUUACAGGCUGAUUUUUUGUUUGUGCCAAAUAUAAUUUAAACAAACAAAGGGAAAAAAACCAUGCAAGUGUUCCUUAUUAAUGUUUUCAUGAAAAUAAUAUAUCGAGAGAUGGUGGUUCUUAGUCUGUGAAAACCCUCCAAUGAUACCUGCCUGAUUAACUUUCAAAAAGUACAUAUGGCUUUGGGAAAGCUUUGUAUGGCCAAAAAAUGAAAAUAGUGGCAGUUUGCUGGGAAGCCUCGUGUUGUAUUAAAAUGGGCUGUGUCAAAGUAGCUUCAUAGGAAAGGCUGUAGGGAGCAGAAGACAGAUGCAAAAUGGGUAAGUCCUAACCUGCUGUAAAUAGACAAAGCAAGGUUUUGCACAUUUCAUCAAUGAAGUAAGAUGGACUAUUGAGUACAUCUGUUUUCUAUUAAGCCCAUUUCUUAAAUCAGUGUUAAAAAUAAAACUCACAUGACCUUUUGUACAAAUUAGUUACCAAGUAUUUGCACUCUUUUUUUUGCCUAAAAAACCCUUCCACACAGCCCAAAAUACCCAAAUAGAAAAGCAUAUGGUCUUGUAGUUUUAAAUAAAAACUGGAUUGGUGACCAUGCGAGACAAAAUCCUGACUCCAGUAAACAAAUAUGCAUGUGCCAAGGGCAUAAAUAAAACACUUUGAUCCUGUGAUAAAGGACAUAUGCGAAUGUCCCAACAGUGUAAUAUAUGUAUUGUGUAAGUAACCAAACUGUCAACCUUUGUGUAGACUCAUCUGCUGGUGCACUCUGCUGUUUUCUUACAGGAAGGCUAGUAAUGAAAGAAACAGGUCAGAAGUGCUAGUAGCCUUAUACUGAACUGCCGAGUAAGGAAGCUGAUAUCAGACCCCAAGAGGCAAGGCUUAUUAAUGUCGUUUCUCACCACUGUCAGAGGCUAGGAGGUUUUUCUUCUGUCUCCACAGAUGUAGAUACCAACCCCACUUGUCUCACAGUGUAGAUCAUCCAGUGUAUUAAAAAGAGACUUUCAAAUCUGGUGCCCAAUUCCUGAGUCAGAGUCACACCAUCAGCACACCAGCUUUCUAGGAGAGUUCAGGCAUUGUACUGUAGCUUGUCCCAUAUCAUCACAGGCAUAUUGUCUCGUUUAUGCUGAAUGUGAAUUUUAAACUGUAUCAAUCUGCUGACAGAUGACCUGAAAUUGUUAUAUCCCUGGCAUUUUAACCCUUGUUCAGUUGCGAGUAGUCUUUCCUUCUUAUCUGUGUUCACUGUUGUGUCUCCGAGUAGUUUCUUAAAAGCACAAUCUAGUAACGUCCUUGUGGUUUUCCUGUAUUUUAGCCCCUUGGUGCAUGCUGACCCUUUAUCUGUAGUGUCUGUUUAUGAAAGUAGUUUUCUUUAAAGCGUAUUUUUAAAAGGACAAAGUGAAAAAUCUUGCCAAGUUCACAGUAACUUACUAAAUCCAGCCUGUCAUUGUUAAAAAUGAGAAAAAAUUCUGCUGAAGCAGGAUUUGGAGAAAUACCUGUUCUUCCUUUGGUUUGAAGAAAGUCAGCAGCUUCUCAUGUCUCCAGGGUGGUGGAUUUCUACAAGGUAUUAAAAGUAAAUGUUUUAAUAAAAUUGUAUUUAAAGAAAAAAA